AUUUCUAAUUUAUUAAUUUUAAAAUGUCACUUAUGUUCAUUAUAGCCAAUAGAGCCAUGCCGUGCUGCUCCUUCACGGAUGCUCUAUAUGCAAAGUAUGGAGAAGAAAUGGAGGAUAAAGGAUGCAAUCCAUGUGAAAUAUUUGUAGUUGGUAGUGCACCAGGUCGUUCAAGUCCAAGUGGGAGGCUAAUUAUACCUCGUGCAUUAACAUUGAAUUGUUGUGGAAUAGAAAAUGCUGGCUCACAAAGGACAAUUGAGGAACUCUGUCAUGAUGUUGAAGAAUUAGAUUUAGCUCAGAAUCAACUUAAUGAUUUAAAAGAAGUAAAUUACAUCAUUUCUAAAAUGCCCAAUCUCUGGUUCCUUAAUUUAAGUCAUAAUGAUAUGGAAGAUACUGUUCCAGUUCAUAUGGAUAAAGCUUUAAAUGUUAAAAGUUUAAUUUUAAAUCACACAUAUGUACCUUGGACAGUGGUCAACAGUUUACUUGAUGCUAUGCCCAAUGUUAGAGAACUUCAUUUAAGUUUAAAUGAUUAUGAAUCAGUUGAUUUGGAUCCAAAAAGGCCUUACAAUAAUUUAAGAACUCUUCACAUAAGUGGAAAUCCUUUACAUAGUUGGGAAGAAGUUACUCAUCUUGGACAAUGUUUUCCUUUUUUGGACACUCUUAUAAUGGCUAAUUGUUCCAUAAUAUCUAUACCUGAUCCAAGUUUAUGGAGAAAUAACUUCCAACAUUUGAAAAGUUUCAGUAUGAAAAAUGGUGCAUUAAAAGAAUGGAAAGAUAUUGAAAAAUUAAAUUCAUUUUUUAAAUUAGAAGACAUCAGAUUACAAGGUGUACUAGUACUUGAGGAGCUUUCAGAGAAAGAACGUAGGCAACAUCUAAUUGCAAGACUCCCACAUGCUAAAAUAUUAAAUGGUAGUGCUAUAACAGGAAAGGAACGAGAAGAUGCUGAACGAGCAUUUAUCCGAUAUUUCUUAGAUAAAGAAGAUCGACCUCAAAGGUUUUAUGAAUUAGAAGCCAUUCAUGGAAAAUUAGAUCCUCUUGUAAAUAUCGAUUUGUCUCCAAAGAAAACUGCCUGUGUUCAUAUACGAUAUCAGGAGUAUUGUGAAACACGUGUGAUAAAUUUACAACAUUCAGUUCGUGAUCUAAAAGUGCAAUUUAGUGAAAUAUGCAAUAUAUCACCAACAAAAAUGAGAGUUUUUUAUAUUGAUAAAGAAUUAGUAGGUCAUGGACCAGAGGAAUUGCGCUACAAUACUAAAAAACUGUAUACAUACAUGAUACAAGAUGGUGAUGAAUUUCUUGUUGAUAGAAAAUAAGAUUGAAGUAGAAAAAGUAUAUCAACACAAUUUUAAUUGUAGUAUAAGAUUCUGAUACAAAUCAGUGUUUAUUAAACCUAGUAGUAAUUUUAUUAUCUACAAAAAACUACGAGUGCAUUUACAUUCAGUAAUAUAUAUAUAUAUAUAUAUAUAUAAUGUAUGUAUGUGUGUAUAUAUAUAUAUAUUACAUAAAAUUCUGUAGAAUAAUAUUAGGAUUGUUGAAAAGCUAAUAGUUUAGCCAUUUCUUAAACCAUGUUUACAAAAAAGCUAAAUACAAUGCAAUAAAGCUUCCUUUUGUAAGGCGUUCUGAUUUAAAAUUAGAACAGUUAUCUUAAAUAUGAUAUUUAAGUAU